AUGCAACCAGAAGACGAAGGAAAUGAGCUCCCGGUGCUCAUAGCAAUACGGAAACCGGAUCCGAGGGCUGUACGGCGUAGAAAUCAGGAUCAAGCGAAUCGAGAAGCAUCACACAUGGCAGGAAAGGAGAACGGACCAGAAGAACAGGAGGUAAGCCACGAACUCGAAUAUCUGACAGUCCUUGCUUGCCUUACAGCCACCCAUGAAUCUCUUGGAGAUCAUUCAGAAGGUUCUCGUGAACCGAAGAAGAAAAGCCGCCCUUCAGGAGCCAGCGGUCCCGGAGCCCCCACAAACCUGGCAAGUUCCCAUCGAGCUGUGCGGCCUCGGAAACUUUCCGGACAUUUGUCCGUCUCCGGCGAAAGAGGUGGCUCGACCCGAGCACAAAUCGAAUGCGGAACGGGCUCGGCUCAAGAUACGAUAUAGAAUGGUAAGGAUUUUCGGGGGGCUUUGCUUUUUUGAUGCUUGAUAAUCGAUGAUUGCAGAACUUUAGGAAGGAGAUGGUACGGAUGAUCGAGAUGCAUUUCAACGAACACCGGAGAUCUUUUCCCCCGGCUCGUCUUUGUCGCCGAGCCACACAACAACAUCCGGGACCGCCGGAGGCAACCUGGAAGUCCUUUCAGUUGACCGAUGGUCCCAUCGUCAUCUCGGACCGGCCGCUUCAAGCCACGUGGACAAGUGUCUACGACAUUUGGAGAAUGGUGGCGGAGCAUCGGAUGCGGAUAGUGCUCGAGGAGAGGGCACGGAUUCUGGAGAGGGCCCGUGACGGGAUCAUGGAGCAUCGGUUGGAUGAAGUGAGUUUUUGACAUCUUCUAACAACAAGACAUUCUUUUUUACAGUUUCUGAACGUCUGGAUGGUCGAGCAGAGGGUCCAACUCGAUCUGAAGCUCGUGAACGACGAGAUCGUGGCCACACUCAACGAGCAAGACUUCAAAGGACCCGAUAAUGAGCACCGGCUCGCGUUGGCAGUCCUCAAGGCGCUGUUUUUCGAUGGAGAACGCAUUCUGCUCCAUCGAGACGUCUUCGGAGAUCCAAACUACGGGGAUUUCCAAGAAACGGGUGAUGAAGAGUGCUGAUCGUUUUUUUUUUGACCAACCGGUAGUUCUUGUGUACAUUACGGUCCCAAGUAUAUUAUAUUGCAUUCCCCGUAGUAAGCGACACGAUUUUCCCAACUUCAUACGGUUUUUGUGCCAGCAAAAUGGCGCCCUACCGUAUCCACCUCAAAUUUAAAGGCGCAGAACUCGAAUAGCUCUCCCUAAUAGUACAUUUUGCGUAGCUAAUCAAUAUUUUUCCACGUAUUCCAGCGGAAAAGCGACAUUGCCAGAAUUAUUGCAAUCUUGUAAAACUUUGCGCCCGCGAAAAUGGUCUCGGCGGCAAAACUGGGUUAUAUUCCCACGGUUCGACAUUCAGCUUUAACCGGACGUGUACACAUGCAUCUUUUUUCCUUUUUUUUCCGUCUCUACCUCGAUAAAAUGUAAUAAAACUGUUCAAAAAAGGAAACUUCCUCUCAUUCUUGUUAUUUACUUGUCAAGGGUCCGUUAUCCCUGUUUUUACCUAUCCUUUGUGCAUGUUUACAUUCAAAUACUGUUGAUUUGAUUUCAGGAGUCUAUUGUCAAUUUCAGUUUUAGAUUUUUGAAGCAAGCACACAACUACAACACAUUCAAAUGUAAGUCUUUUUGACUGUAGGAAGGAAAAAAGUUGGCUCAACUUUCAAGAACUACAGUAGUCUUAGGAGUGGUCGUACACAAAUAUUGUCAACUAGAGAAACGAAGUUCAACUCGUGAACAUUCUAGAGAUCAAUUUUGAAAAUGAUAUGACACCUCUGAGCUCGGAUACACAUGCUCAAAGUUGACCUCUAAUAUUGUACACCAUUAAACUAUAUGGCUUACAGAUGAAUCCGGAAGAACUAUACAACUCCUCGGAAGUCCGUUUCUCCCGAACUGAGACACUAUCGGAGGAGGGCGUCACAGUGGCCGUGGAGGAGGUCGGAGCAGUGGCGGGAGAGACGAGAUGCGGUGAGAGAGAAGAUGAUCCGGAUGGCGAACCGGACUAUGGGGUAGCGAUGUGUCUGCCCCAGGACCGACCGAUCGGGCGUCCUCCGGAUUACGAGCUCGUGCAUGUAUUUUCUGGACUGCCACGAGAACCCGCACAGCCGAUCCAGGAAGAUCCCGAUGAGAGUUCUUCAUCGUGCAGCCAAUCAGAAGCGGAGGAUGAAGAUGAGAGUGAAUUAGACGACGUCGGGGAUGAAUUUGAUGAAGGCGAUGUCGCUUCUGUGGCUGGUGAUGGAGAUGAAGAUGAGGAUGACGCUGAGUACGGUAAGUGUUCCUCUACAAUGCAAACCAAGAAAGGUGCGAACAUUUCAGACCGCCGAGUAUAUGGAACUCCUCUUCCACCCAGAUCACCCAUAGAAGAAUUGGAGGAGCAGGCCGAACGUGCUCGAUUGUCGGGAUCGGAUUCUCAAGGCGGACAAGAAGAUCCAUUGAGGGCAGAGAUCGGUAAGCUAGACAUGCUCAAAGAAGAUCACUAUUGUACUUUUAGCGAUCUCGACCGCGCCUGAAGCUGUGAGCGAUGAGGAAGAUAUUGAAAUCGAUGUCGUCGGUUAUGAUGAAGAUGAAGAUAAGGAAGGGGGAGAAGACGUCGCUACAGAUGCUCACAAUGAAUAUAUAGAAAUGGGCGAGGAAGAAGAAUAUGAAGAUGAGGAUCGAGAAGAAGAUGAGGAAGAAGACGUUGCUACUGAUGCUCCUAGUGAAUAUAUAGAAAUGGGCGAGGAAGAAGAAUGUGAAGAUGAGGAAGAAGACGUUUAUGCGCUAAACAAUCUAACUCCUUCUGCCUUGAAAGCCAUCACAAUAGGCGACAUAUCAAUGACUAUUGUACGUUGAUGGUGACGUUGAUUUUCUGCGCAUGUCUUGAAUUUCAGAAGAGAACGGAUGGGGAAACGCAAAGAACGGAGGCUGAGCGAGAUGCACUCAUGAUGCAACGGCUGGCUCCGUACACACUUCAAGAAAUCUCUGAGGUUUCGGUAAUUCUCUACAGUUUUACGAACAAAACGUCGAAAUUUUCAGCCCACAACUGCUCGGUUGAUCGAGAAGUUGAGAAGAGAAGAAGAGGAUGGUCAUGGAGACGUAUCUGACGUAUCUGAGGCAGUACAGGGAAUCUUUGAGCCGGCGCGAGAAGCAGUUGCUGAUCAUCUACCGAAGGCCGUCGUUGAAUACCCGGAUGCCGCCGAACAAGGAGAAGAGGAAGAUGCUCAACCACACAAUGCCGAUGAUCACGCGGCACAGGAAAACGCGAAAAGAGCCGAAGAAGGGGAGCAUGUGGAAGACGAGACAGAGCCGGUAGCUGAGCCGGCAAAGCGAGGCAGAGGACGCCCAAAGGUAAAGGAAAAUGAGAAGCUUGAUAUUAUUCACUGUGCUCUGAUAUUCAGAAGAAACGCCGUAACGUCAACGCCGUACCACGCCCCGCGUGUGCCACGUCGUCUACGCCCAAGCGCCGCAAGAGGCAAACAGAAGUGCAGCGCCUCCGCGAGGAUCCGUUUGUUCCGCGGAAUAUGCGGUCGGGGCGAGCCGUUCACGAGGCGACAAGAAGCCGUCGAACGGUAAGUCUAGGGUAUUGAAUCUCAGCUCUAUUUCCUUCAUUUUUAGGCCUUGCGCAAUGUGCCAGAAAGACAAGCUGUUCAGCAGGCGAGCACACGCCGUCGAACUGUAAUUCCAGGGUUUUCAAGUUACACUCCAUUUCCUUCUGUUUUAGGUCCGCGCUGAUAGGCAAGUGGUUGAGGAGCUCCGCGAGCCGGAAGUCGUCGAUCUGGGAUGGAAUCGGGAUGGGCAAGUCGCAGUGGAAGACGAGGCGGGACCAGAUCCGGUGCCGCAACCUGUAGCUGUGGAAGACGAAGCGGAGCCGGUCCCGGAACCAGUUGAGCAGCGAACGGCUCAAGUGCAAUCGAGAGGACGUCCAACGGUAGAGAAAAAUGAGAAGCUUAUCAUGCUUCAAUUUUCAGACGAUCAACGGCUCACGGGAAGUCGCUGAGUCCGCGGAAGAAGAGCCGGUAGCUGAACCGGCACCGGCGCCAAAGCGAGGCAGAGGACGCCCAAAAGUAAAAGAAAAUGAGAAACUUGAUAUUAUUCACUGUGCUCUAAUAUUCAGAAGAACUGUGCCGCUCCAUCUACGCCCGAGAACAGCAAGAAGAAGACGGAACUGGCACGUCCAAGCGAGAAUCCGAUUGCCGCUCAAAAUGUUCGGUCGAGACUUUGCUUUUCGCUAAUUUUUCUUAUUUUUUAGGCCUCGCCGAAUGAGCCGGCGAGAGGAGUUGUUCACCAGACGAAUAGAAACUCUAGAACAAUUGUAAGUCCGGGGGAUACCACUUUACACACUCAAUUUCCUUCACUUUUAGGUCCCGGCAGACAGUCAUGUGAUGGUAGAAGUCGAAGAACAAGUGAGUCUCCAGUUUCCUACACAGUCAGAAGGAGGUGACACCAGUCGGGUAGAAGAAGAAACCCAUCUGUCGCCAAGCGUAGCUGUUGAACAGCAGCCGAGUACGAGCAACGGAGCGGUACGCCAAGAGUUACCAAUUUGCACUCAAUUUCCAUCAUUUUUAGGCUCCCGCUCGAGCCGAUCCGAUUGAGAAGCCUGAAGAGCCGGAAGACGACGAUGCGACGAUAAGGAUCGAUGUGGAAUGGAAUAUCCCAUCACCAGUCGAAGAUGGAAGCGGUGAGGGAGAUGCUGAAGCGGUCGGAGACGAGGUGGAACCGGUAGCUGAACCGGCAUCGACACCAGAGCGAGCGAGAGGACGUGCAACGGUAAGGGACAAUGAAAAUGAAAGAGAAGACCUUCAUCCCGCAUCAACUUUCAGACACCGACGCCCUCUUCUGUCAGUUCAUCUCCGAAAAGACGCAAGAAGCAAACCGAACUUGAACGGCUUCAGGAGAAUCGGAAUGCCAAACCAAUUGUGCCGGCGAAACGUGCGCGCGUGGCUCCGGUCCGACUGAUGGCGGUCCAGAGGACGGCCGAAUCGCCCAGUCCGGUUUCUCCGCAAAGAAGAAGAAGGACACGGUCUCAGGGAGCGAACAGCGAGACGCGCAGAGUUGUUCGGACGGGUGGACGUUCAAGGUCGAGGACUCGCGAACGACGACGUGCGGCUACUGUGGAGCCCGGGCGGAGAGAGACGGAGCGGGAAGAGGAAGCGGAAGAACGAGCAUCAUCAUCCGAUUCGGAGUCGGAACUGCCUGGAGCGAGAGGUCCACCCGCCUGGACCGAGUUCCGUUUGGCGGAGGAGGGACCAGUGGUCCUCACCGAUUCGGAAGUUCAGCCCGGAUGGACAAACGUCCACGAUUGUUUUGUGGAGAUAAACAUUCCGGAAGAGACAAGAAGAGCGGUCUUGGAGCACGGAAGAGCGGCGUUCGGAGCGCAGCCGCUGAGACAAGUACGCUUCUUUAUAGUGUUGUAUUCACGUACUAUGUACAGUUCGCUUUCAGUUUUUAAUUGUCUGGCUGGAGCAGGCGAUGAAGGAUCGUCAAUUCGGGACCACGCCCAACGUGGACGUGAUCCACGAGGAUCUCAUGUCCUACUUCACAAGGACCCAGUACGACGGCCCGCAAGACGAGCAUCAAGUGGCCGUUGGCGUCCUCAAAUCGAUGUAUUUUGAUGGCGAGCGCUUUCACUUAAAGAAGGCUAUGUUUGCCAAAAAAGGCCUAGGCUAUUCAAAUUGAUUGCGUUCAGAUAGUCUUGUUUUACUGGUUUUCAUUGUCGUUUCACAUGUGUUCUGAAUAAAAAAUUGUACUGGAAAAUUGUCAAACAAAUCAAAGACUCAAAGGCUACAAAAGCAGAGCCAAAUACGAUUCUCGCGGGAUUACGGUAGAGUGGUGCCCGCGAAAACUGUCCCGCCAAAUCAAGCGACACGUUGCGGCAGCGGAAAUUCUGAACCAUUUUCCUCCCGCGGUUCUCUCUGACAUUCCAACUUUACUCGGACGUUUGUUCUUACCUGGCCUCCCAAAGUUUACUGUUAUUCGAUGUGCAUUUUGCCGAAUCAGCAGAUGUAUCACUCUCACUGAUACGACUGCUGUGUUCUCUCAGUUCCAACUAGAUGAUAUAAGCAAACUAUAUGGCUUUCAGAUGAAUCCAGAAAGGCUCUUCCAUCCGUCCGAGAUUCGUUUCUCCCGAACGGAGACACUAUCGGAGGAGGGCGUCACAGUGGCCGUGGAGGAGGUCGGAGCAGUGGCGGGAGAGACGAGAUGCGGCGAAAGAGAAAUGGAUCCGGAUGGCGAACCGGACUAUGGGGUAUCGAUGUGUCUGCCCCAGGACCGACCGAUCGGGCGUCCUCCGGAUUACGAGCUGGUGCAUGUAUUUACUGGACUGCCACGAGAACCCGCACAGCCGAUCCAGGAAGAUCCCGAUGAGAGUUCUUCAUCGUGCAGCCAAUCAGAAGCGGAGGAUGAAGAUGAGAGUGAAUCAGACGACGUCGGGGAUGAAUUUGAUGAAGACGAUGUCGCUUCUGUGGCUGGUGAUGGAGAUGAAGAUGAGGAUGACGCUGAGUACGGUAAGUGUUCCUCUACAAUGCAAACCAAGAAAGGUGCGAACAUUUCAGACCGCCGAGUAUAUGGAACUCCUCUUCCACCCAGAUCGCCCAUAGAAGAAUUGGAGGAGCAGGCCGAACGUGCUCGAUUGUCGGGAACGGAUCCGCAAGGCGGACAAGAAGAUCCAUUGAGGGCAGAGAUCGGUAAGCUAGACAUGCUCAAAGUAGAUCACUAUUGUACUUUUAGCGAUCUCGCCCGUGCCUGAAGCUGUGAGCGAUGAGGAAGAUAUUGAAAUCGAUGUCGUCGGCUAUGAUGAGCGUUCCUCUACAAUGCAAACCAAAAAAGACGCGAACAUUUCAGACCGUCAAACUCCUCUUCCACCCAGAUCACCUGAAACCGAUGUCAGUCGAGAAGAAGUGGAGGAGCAGGCAGGAAGUUCUCGGGAUGAGGAUCUGACAGCGUCGCCUUCGCAGCCAAUCGAAGAAGCUACUUCUGCUCCAGCGGCGGAUCAAUUGGGGGAAAUAAUCGGUAAGAAAAGAUGUUUGGAUGGUUCACUUUGCGUAUGACAAUGUUUCCAUUGGGACCACUCGGAAGAGUACGGUAGCUAAAGCGGUUUCACGGUGAUGAUAAAACAUAACCUUGCGGGAUAGAUCAAUUAGUAAUUAUCAUACGUCUAGAACUUCUUGAAUGCCUCUGGGCUCAGCUAGACAUGCUCAAAGAAGAUGUACUUACAGAUGUCUUGACUCAAAGCGACCGAUCGCUCAAUUCAAGUUGUGCUCCGAUCAGAGUGGUGGCUUGUUUGGAGCUGGUGGACGACAUUGAAGAGAUUGAAGAGUAUGACGAUGAAGAAAAAGUGGAAGAAGACGCGAAUGGCCAUUAUGAAUAUAUGGAAGUGAGCGAGGAAGAGGAGGAAGGGAGCGAAGAAGAUGACGUCGGUGAUGAAGCUUCUGUAGAGAAUGGUGGACAUGAAGAUGAAGAAGAGGAUGAAAAUUUACGUUUAAUUCGCUCGAGCUACAGUAUGUCCACGACUCGAUUCGGACUUGGUCGACGGAUGUUCCAUCUAGAUGACCUGAGCGAUGAGGAAGAGAGAGAAGAAGAUGACGUCGAAAAUGAAGAGGAACAAGAAGCCGCCGAUCAGUCACAGUACAGAGUUGAACAAGAAGAUGAAGAAGAUGCUCAGCCGGAAGUUGGAGAUAGAGACGAUCAACCACGCAAUGCCAAUGACGAGCAGGAAGGAGAUGUGGAAGGAGACAUUGAGGAAGUCAGCGAGCAUGUGGAAGACGAGCCAGAGCCGGUAACUGAACCGGCACCGGCGCCAAAGCGAGGCAGAGGACGACCAAAGGUAAAGGAAAAUGAGAAGCCUGAUAUUUAAUAUGCUCAAAUAUUCAGAAGAAACGCCGGAACUUCAACAACGUGCCACGCGCCAACGGUGCCGCUCCAUCUCCGAUCAAAAGACACAAAAAGAAAACGGAAGUGCAGCGCCUUCGCGAGAAUCUGGGUAUUGAUCGGAGUGUGCGGUCGAGACGAGCUGUCCAUCGGUCGAGUAGAAGAAGCGGUCGAACGGUUAGUCCAGGUUGUCGACUCCUCGCUAAACUUCCUUCAACUUUAGGCCUUGCGGGAUGUGCCGGCGGAGGCAACUCCAGCUCGGGCCGAUCUUCCACUAGACGCAGCUGAGCCGGCACCGGCUCCAAGACGGGGCAGAGGACGACCACAGGCAACCCCAGCUCGAGCCGAUCUUCCACUAGACGGAGCUGAGCCGGCACCGGCUCCAAGACGAGGCAGAGGACGACCAAAGGCAACCCCAGCUCGAGCCGAUCUUCUCCUACAAGCAGCUGAGCUGGCACCGGCUCCAAGACGAGGCAGAGGACGACCACAGGCAACUCCAGCUCGAGCCGAUCUUCCACUAGACGGAGCUGAGCCGGCACCGGCUCCAAGACGGGGCAGAGGACGACCACAGGCAACCCCAGCUCGAGCCGAUCUUCCACUAGACGGAGCUGAGCCGGCACCGGCUCCAAGACGGGGCAGAGGACGACCACAGGCAACCCCAGCUCGAGCCGAUCUUCCACUAGACGGAGCUGAGCCGGCACCGGCUCCAAGACGGGGCAGAGGACGACCACAGGCAACCCCAGCUCGAGCCGAUCUUCCACUAGACGGAGCUGAGCCGGCACCGGCUCCAAGACGAGGCAGAGGACGACCAAAGGCAACCCCAGCUCGAGCCGAUCUUCUCCUACAAGCAGCUGAGCUGGCACCGGCUCCAAGACGAGGCAGAGGACGACCACAGGCAACUCCAGCUCGAGCCGAUCUUCCACUACACGCAGCUAAUCCGGCGCCAAAGCGAGGCAGAGGACGACCAAAGGUAAAGGAAAAUGAGAAGCUUGACAUUUACUAUGCUCUUCUUUUCAGAAGACGCACCGGAACGUCAAUAGCGUGCCACGUCCAUCCCGUGCCGGUCCAUCUCCGACCAAGAGCAGCAAGAGGAAAACAGAAGUACGUCUCAGCGAGAAUCGCACUGUUGCUCGAAGUGUGCGGUCGUGCGGCGGCCAGUCGACUAGAAACCUUCGAACUGUCAGUCAAGGGUAUCGACUCUUUGCCAAAUUUCCUUCGUUUUUAGGCCUCGCGGAAUGAGCCGGCUGAGCCGACACCGGCGCCAAGACGAGGCAGAGGACGCCCAAAGACAACUCCAGCUCGAGCCGAUCUGCCAUCUCAAGCAGAAGAAGGAGUCGCUGAGACUGUGGACGACGAGGCGGGAGACGUGCCAGAAGGCGACGUGAAUGCGGAAGUGAGUAUCCAGUUUCUCCCACCGAUUACCAAUGCCGUAGUUUCAGGAAACUCCACCCCGAGUCGAUCGGGCCGAGGAGCCGGUAGCUGAGCCGGCACCGGCGCCAAAGCGAGGCAGAGGACGUCCAAAGGUAGAAUAAAAUGAGAAGCUUGAUAUUCACUAUGCUCUACUCUUCAGAAGAUUCAUCCGAACGUCAACAGCGCACCGGCCCCUUCCUCUGUCACUUCUUCUUCGAUCAACAGACGCGAAACGGAAGCGGAACGUCUUCAGGAGGAGCCGGAGGAGGAAGGACCGUCAGUUCGGAGGCAUAGACGUGAUCCACGAGGACAUGGUGUCCUACUUCGCGAAGAUCCAGUACAACGCCCCGCAGAAUGA